AUGGAAGUGUCUCACAAGAUGGUGGGAGAAAAUGGUUUCCACUGCACCCACAAGCUUAUUUUUUCCAAUGCACCCAAUUCCGCGGAGAACAGUCCUCCUUUCGAUAGCCCCAGUCCCCAGGAAUCCUGCCCCACUCCUUUGAGCAAUGGGACAUUCUACUCCAACACCAACAGUCCUUCGGAUUCCUGCAUGAAGCCUCUCUGUGAGGCGACGUCCCCCAACGAAAACGGGUACAACGGCGGCAUUAAAUACAUCUCCACGGAGCGGGAGGUCCUGGUGUGCGGGUGGGGAGGCUUCACCCCAAGUUGUUUACAGUUUUUCAACACCCCCAAAGGGGUUCUCUUCUUCCUGUGUGUGGCUUCCUUCUUGCAAGGCAUGACCGUCAACGGCUUUGUUAACACCGUCAUUACAUCGAUCGAACGGCGCUUCGACCUCCAGAGCUACCAAAGCGGGUUGAUUGCCAGUUCCUACGACAUCGCGGCCUGUGUGUGUUUGACGUUUGUCAGCUACUUUGGGGGCAACGGGCAUAAACCGCGGUGGCUGGGCUGGGGAGUUUUAAUCAUGGGGAUUGGCUCCCUCAUUUUCGCCCUGCCUCACUUCACCACCAGCCAAUACGAAGUCCCUUUUUCGGAGGAGAUUGGCACAUGCUCCUCCAAUCAAAGCAUGUGGUGCUCAGAAAGUGUCUCCACCCUCUCUAAUUAUCAGUUUGUCUUCAUGCUUGGUCAGUUUCUACAUGGGAUUGGAGCAACGCCACUCUACACCCUUGGGGUGACCUACCUGGAUGAAAACGUCAAGUCCAACUAUUCUCCUGUGUAUAUUGCUGUUUUCUACACCGCUGCCAUAUUGGGCCCAGCAGCUGGCUACUUGGUUGGAGGCAUCUUUCUCAAUAUUUACACUGAAAUUGGGAGACAAAUUGAUCUUACGCCGGAAAAUUCUCUGUGGGUUGGAGCAUGGUGGAUUGGAUUCUUAGGCGCUGGCGCCGGUUCCCUCUUGAUUUCAGUACCUAUUUUGGGGUACCCUCAUCGUCUCCCAGGAUCACAGCGUUACAUAGUCAUGCGAGUUUCGGAAACCCAUCAAUCAAAAGAUGGCAGCCAUAAAACAGCCUCGGAUCCUGAUUUCGGAAAGACGGUGAAAGAUCUGCCACAGUCACUUUGGCUGCUACUGAAGAACCCAACUUUCAUCUUCCUUUGCUUAGCUGGAGCUACAGAAGCUACCUUGAUUGCUGGGAUGUCAACUUUUGGCCCCAAAUUCCUUGAAUCCCAAUUCAGCUUAAGUGCCUCUGAAGCAGCAACUUUGUUUGGCUACCUUGUGGUUCCGGCAGGAGGAGGGGGCACUUUCCUCGGAGGGUUCAUCGUGAACAAGUUUAAGCUGCGCUGCUCAGGGAUCAUCAAGUUUUGUUUCAUGUGCACCAUGUCGAGUCUGCUGGCAAUUUUCAUAUUUUUUAUUGAUUGUCCCAAUAUGCCUAUGGCUGGAGUGACCCAGAUGCAGGACGGAAGCAUCUUACUGCAAGGUCACCUCAACCUGUCUGACCCCUGCAACAUGGAGUGCCAUUGCCUGCGUGAGACCUACAAUCCCGUGUGUGGGAACGAUGGCAUCACCUAUUACUCGCCCUGCCAUGCUGGUUGCAGGAAAGCAUCAAUAAACCACGAAAGUGGGGAAAAGGUUUAUCAUGAAUGCAGCUGCAUUAUUGGACCCAACACUCCGGUCUCCGGCUUGGCUACAGCAGGGAAGUGCACAUCUUCAUGUGAAAAAAGGACUCUCCUUUUGAUUUUCAUGUUUGUUAUCAUUCUCUUCACAUUCCUAAGUAGCAUUCCUGCGUUGACAGCUACACUGCGGUGUGUUUCCGACAGACAGCGAUCGUUUGCACUAGGAAUCCAAUGGAUUGUUGUGAGAACACUAGGGAGCAUCCCGGGCCCCAUUGCUUUUGGGUCGAUGAUUGACAAGUCAUGUCUUCUGUGGCAGAGCCAGUGUGGUGAACAAGGAUCUUGUUAUGUCUAUCAGAACUUCUCCAUGAGCCGAUACACCCUGAUCGCUGGUCUGAUAUUCAAGGUGAUGGGCUCGUGUUUCUUCCUGCUAGCCUGCAUGCUCUACAAAGCCCCUUCCCCUGGAUCUCUCCAGGGCAGCUCGGCGGUCUCAGAAAAUGGCACUUGUGAUCUGCAGGAGAGCCAAUUUUCACAUCAGCCACCCAACGGCGAUGUAUAG